UUGGAAAUAGGCUUGGUUAUCAUUAUGGAUUUGGAUUGGAUUUAGCAGACGCCUUUGUCCAAAUAUACAGGUGGACAUUAUCAGGUGUUGUAUUAAAUUCUUUGAAAGCAUCAAACCUGAGUGGUUUUACUCAGGAUGGAUGACCUAUUGGCUGGAAGUGAGCCACAUGGUAAACUUCCACUAAAGCCACCACUGUGGGAAAGCAUUGGAGAUGGUGGCAGUAGCAUGGUCCCAACUUUGGCACUCAUGGAGAUGGCUGUAGCUGUUAACUGUCCCACAAGGAAUGAAAAUGAGCCAUUAGACUUGGUUAUGCUGCAGAGGAUGGUAGCUGAGAGUGAUGUCCGUGCUAAGUACUGGAGCACAGUAACAAUGGAUUUAAUCAAUACUUGCACUAAAGUCAUGCAGUCAGCCAACCGUGACAGGCAGUGGUUUGUCCAUAUGGUUCAGCAAAUCGAGAAAACCAUGAGAACUGCGGUUCACCUGCAGGAUGAUAGGAAGUCCCACAGCCAGGAAGCACAUAAUAUUUGUUGUCCAUCUAUUUUGAGGAUAAGUUCAGACAAGGAGACUGAAGCUGAUGACGAGAGAUAUGGUCUCAGGGCACUCGUGGAAGACUGCAGGUCUUGUCUGGGCAGUCUGGAGCGAGUAGUGAUGCAGUUUACAGAGAAAGUGGAGAUAGCUCUGAACAUUCGUCAUAAGGAUAAGGAGGUGCCGCUUUGUCAUUACUUUAGAGAGGAGAGCAGUUCAUCUCAGGCAUCACUAGGAAUGUGUUCAUCUGUGGGCAGUACCAUAGAGAGAUGUGCAAGCAUCCAUGACACCCGUCACAUAGGACAGUACAAAGAUGCUGCCGUACAGCAAGCCACUGCUAUACCUGACAGCAAAUUUGAGAUGAUGGAGCGUGGGGUUUUGCCUGAUUCUCAACUGUGCCCACCAGCCGUGAUGAGGUAUGAGCAGCGAUGUGAAAUGAUCACAGAGACUGAGAACAGCAAGCAACAUCUUCAGCAUACUGGUAGAGACAUUGUGGAAGACAAUGUUUGCAAACACCUUAAGGUUACUGAGAGCCUCAAAUCUGAGGUUGAGGAGGUAGUAGAGGCCAAGCUGAUGUCAUCAGAUGUUCUAUUGCUCACACCAACCAUACAGCCACACAAUAACCUGAUUGGGACCAAGGCUGAUGUGGUGGAUGGUGCUGAUGAUGGCCUUGAGCUGCUAAAGUCUCCAGCUGUUCAUGAGAACGUGGGAGAAGGAACUUCAGAAGCUCUACAGCUUUUGCCUGAUCCUGAAGACUUUAUACCUACUGCAGAAAUGCAGGCCACUGCUACACCUGACAGCAUUUAUGAGAUGACUGAGGUAGUAGUGUUGCCUGAUUCUCAACUGGGUCCUCCAGCUGUUCCCCCACACAAUAAUCUGAUUGGGACAAACUCUGAUGUGGUGGAUGGUGCUGAUGAUGGCCUUGUGCUUAAGUCUCCAGUUGUUCAUGAGAACAUGAGAGAAGAGACAUCAAAGGCUCCACAGCAACUGCAGCCUACUGGAACUGCCGCUGACCAGAGCAUUAAAAUAAGUCUAAAGGUGACAGGUCAUGAGCUGAAAGUGAAUUACAGGCAGACCUCACAGCCAUCUCCUAACAAUCGUCAAGUUAAAGUGCAAAACCUGGUGCACUCUGUGGUCAAGGAAUUAUGGGAGAUGUAUGACCUUGAAGAAGGCCCAAAGGUUCUAUCAGGACUACCCAAGCCAUCUCCAUCUGAAAUUUUUAUACAAAGUUUAACUUGCGCACAACAUCUCAAGAUGACUACCAGGCGCAAUUACAGCAAGCAUGUAUAUGAACUCUGCUGGGAGAUCCUUAUGGAUAUCUAUCCCAACGAGUCUGAAACAAAACCUGCUUGGUACAAGCCACGACCUAAGUUUGAUAUGAGCAAGAUCAAAUCAUUGCGUGAUGUUCAGGACUACAUAACAAAAAAAGUCUUCAGACUGUGUGGAAUGCCGACUCCAAAACAUAUGGAAAAGACCCAGUUUCACAUUGAGAAUGAAAUUACUAAGUCUAUAACCCUAUAUUGAUCAUUUCAUUGAGAAAAAUGAAGAUCCUCAUCAAAGUGAGGAUCUGGUUGGAUAAUCCACAUCUAAUAGCCUAUAUUUUUUCACAUCUUAAAUAAAUAUUUUCACCAUU